AGUAAAUACCUAUAUUCAAAUUUUAAUUAUUUCAUAUUUCAGUUAAUAACUCGCACUCAUUAAAAUUUAAAAUAAUCAACGUAUGAACAAGAAUUUUAUUUGGUUUUGAUGAAACGCCUUCAGGCUGUCAUUUUCUGUCAUGUCAAGUCAACAAAUGUCAUAUUCUGGCGAUAAAAUUGAGAGGUCCUUGUACCUCUAUCUGCAAAAUUAAUAACAGUUUAUUCUAAAAACGAUGUUACAGAAGUCUCAUCUAGCUACAUAGUGUUAUUUUAGCUAUAUGCUAAGAAAUUUAUGCUAAGUUGGAAGAGUGUGUGCUGCGGUGCGGGCACGGUGAUGGCGGCGCGGUGAGGCGCGGCGCGGCGCCGGCAUGGCGGACGAGGCGGGCGCCGACGUCGGGCAGAGCGACGCCGUGCUGCUGGCGCCGCUCACCGAGGACUCCUUCCUGCACAACCUGCACGUGCGCUACAAGCGGGACAUCAUCUAUACAUACGUGGGCAACGCGCUGGUGUCGGUGAACCCGUGCCGCGCGCUGCCGCAGUACUCGGCCGAGCUGGUGCGCGCCUACCUCGCGCGCCCGCCCUACCAGCUGCCGCCGCACCUAUAUGCGAUAACGGCCACGGCGUACCGCUGGGUGCGCGACCGCAACGAGAGCCAAUGCAUCGUGAUCACGGGCGAGAGCGGGGCGGGCAAGACGGAGGCGGCGCGCGUGUGCCUGCAGUGCGCGGUGGUGGCGGGCGCGGGCGCGGGCGCGGGCGCGGGCGCGGGAGCGGGCGCGGACGCGGGCGGCGCGCUGGCCGCCGCCGGCACGCUGCUGGAGGCCUUCGGCAACGCGGCCACGGCGAGGAAUCAUAACGCUAGUAGAUUUGGCAAACUUCUGGACAUCGAGUUUGAUUUCAAGGGUGAACCCGUGGGCGGACAUAUAACGCACUACUUAUUGGAAAAGGAACGAGCAAGUGGAGCGUUAGAGGGAGAACGCAACUUUCAUGUGUUAUAUCAGUUGCUGGCCGGAGCCGAGCCUCAUUUGUUGAAGAGACUGAAACUCCAGCGCUCAUGGGAGCACUACGCCGUCCUGCGCGGCUGCGGCGCCGCGCCCGCGCCCGCGCCCUGCUCCCCGCGCCGCACGCCGCCCCCGCCGCCCGCCCCGCCGCCCGGCGUCCGCGAGCACGCCGACAAGGACCACUUCCAGUUCACCAAGGCGGCGAUGGCGAGACUCGGGCUGAGCGCGAGCGAGUGCGGCGGCGUCCUGCGCCUGCUGGCCUUCCUACUGAAGCUGGGCAACGUGCAGUUCGAGCCGACCACCACCAUCGACGGCGCGCUCGCCACGUGCCUUCACCACGAGUACGAGCUGCGCGAGGCGUGCGCGCUGGUGGGCGUGGAGGCGGGCGCGCUGGCCGCCGCGCUGGGCGCGCCGCCGCCCGACGAGCCCGCCGACCACUCGCCCGAAACUGCUCUUGAACCUACCAUCAUCGUAUCGGAACAACGAUUAUCGGAUCAGGUGCGCGUCAUUCAGCGGCUAAAGCGGUUGGAUGACGCGACACUUGAUCGGCUUCGCCAGGAGGCUCUCUCUGCUCGCGCGGACUCCUCCUCGGUGCGAGAUCUGCCUGCCAUGUCGCCGGAUCCGAUGCCCGCACCCGACCUGGCAUCGGGGGCGCCGCGGGUUGAUUUCAGUACCGAUGAGGGGGACUUUGCGAAUCAGAGCGUGAGUACAUCUGCCAAUGAGCAACUGAGGAGGACUCUGGAAGAGGCUCUUGAACCUACCAUCACCGUGUCGGAGCAACGACUAUCGGAUCAGGUGCGCGUCAUUCAACGGUUAAAGCGGUUGGACGACGCGACUCUUGACCGGCUUCGCCUGGAGGCUCUCUCUGCUCGCGCGGCCUCCACCUCUGUGCGGGAUCUGCCCGCCACGACGCCGGAUCCGGUGCCCGCACCCGACCUGGCACCGGGGGCGCCGCGGGUCGAUUUCAGUACCGACGAGGGGGACUUUGCGAGUCAGAGCAUGAGCACCCCUGCUAAUGAGCAACUGAGGAGGACUUUGGAUGAGUUAAUUAGUUUAGUACGUGAAUUGAGUGCAAUAGUUGUGGCAGGCGCUCCAGGCGGGGUGUGCGGGUCGCGCGCCGCGGCCGCCGCGCGCAUCUGGCGCUGGUGGUGCGCGUGCGCGCGGCGCCAGUACCUGGCGGGGCUGUGGCGGCGCCUGCCCGCGCGCCAGCGCAGCCCGCUGUGCGCCGCCUGGCCCGCGCCGCAGCGGCCCGCGCUGCUCGGGCGGACCGACGCCUUGCUCAGGAGGCUGCACCAUCGCUGGCGGUGCCAGCUCUACCGACAGGCGUUCGAUCAGACGGCGAGGAACCGGAUGCGGGAGAAGGUGACGGCGUCGGUGCUGUUCAAGGAGAGGAAGGCGCGCUACAGCGCGUCGGUGGCGCACCCGUUCGUGGGCGACUACGUGCGCCUGCGCGCGUCGGGCGCCUGGCGCCGCGGGGCCGCCGCGCCGCACGACCGCUACGUCGUGUUCGCGGACGUCGUGGGCAAGGUGGCGCGGUCGUCGGGGCGCGUGGCGCGCUGCCUGGCGGUGCUGAGCACGGCGGCGCUGCUGCUGCUGGACGCGCGCUCGCUGCGCGUGAAGCGCCGCGUGCCCGCGCACGCCGUGUACCGGCUCUCGCUGUCGCCGCACGCCGACGACCUGCUCGUCGUGCACGUGCGCGCGUGUGCGAGCGGCGCGACGGCGGGCGACAGCUCGGGCGAGGAGCUGUCGCAGUGCUCCUCGCGCGACGCCCCGCUAGCUCCCGGGUGCCUUUUUGCGGGCGAAGGUGCGUGGCGGCGGCGCGGCGACCUGGUGCUGCGGACCUGCCACGUGCUGGAGCUGGCCACCAAGCUGUUCCUCGUCGUGCAGAACGCCGUCGGCCAGACGCCGCACGUCAACAUCGCCUCCGAGUUCGAGGCGAACUUCGGUCAGCAGAUCGUGACGAUCUCGUUCCACCUGCUGGGCGGCGAGGGCGGCGCGCGCCUCGUGCGGCGCGGCAGCCGCAUGGACGUGCUGCUCUGAUGGACUCCGGCGGCGGCGCGCCCCGGGGGCUCGCUGCGGACUGCCCCGCUGCUCUCGCGGACCCGCGCGCCUGGUCACGCCAGCGGAGUCCGUGGCGUUCUCCUCUGCUGAGGCGGAGGUACUCGGCACUCGUGCCGCUCAAACCGACGUGGGAACGGCCGGUUGAACUGUAUCCUUCUCAGUAAUAUACCACGCAUCAGAUAAUGAAAACUCGCGUGGUUUGUUGAUGUGAGAUAACUCGUGUCGGCUCCGAGUCGAGUCCGUGUCUAAAUGCGAUUAUACUACCGUUGCUAACAAUCGCUAGUUUAUCUACGUGCAUUGAAAUCGACUCGGCUCCGAGAUGUCAGCAACACAAUUCUUUAGUGGAUCUUAUCUCCUUGCGUUAAGGUUUACGAAUGUUUGUCGAUAAUGGUACAAUAAUGUCAGGUAAUUUUGGUGGCGUCAGAGCGUUUGACAAACAUGUUGUAAUUUAAUUACCUAAACAUAUACAUAAAGAGAGUAGAUUCAUAUUUUCCACAAAUAAAUAUAGUGACGGAUGGUUUCGAUGACAAGUUUCGCUUAGCAAACUGCAGUUGUGGAUCUUUUAGAUUAAAUCCUCUCUCAUGAAAAACACGACGUCACUACCUCAUUUUGUAUGAUUCAUAUCGACCGGACCAGAAUGUCCGACUGAUAAAAUCUAGAGACAUGUUAUCUAUAACAAAACUUGCGUGAGAUACAUACAUAUAUAUAUAUAUAUAUAUAUUGAAACAAGUCACUCGCUUAUUUUUAUGUCGAUGAUUGCUUGACAUGUUUGACUCUAUAACGGAGAGUUUUAAGGUCUGCGUCGGCCAAUGCGUGCUCUCGUUGAAGCUCCUCGUUACGAAGCGACAUAUGUCAAGAAAUCUUCGACUUAUAAAUACGUGGCCCGUUGAAAUGACAUUAAUAUUUUGUGUAUUAUAUAGUCGACAUCCGACGGUACCCAACAGUUUAAUCGACUUUAAUCGAACCGGCCGUAUUUGACUCAUUAGAAUAUGAACUCUACCGAGUGUAAAUAGGCUUGUAAUUCCCUCGUCGGGCGGAGGGUGCGAGUGGUACGUGACGGUCGCUCCACGCGGCGCAGUGCCCGCGCUAGUUAUAAGUAGAGUAGCGCUAGGUAAGUCCGGGCCGGGCCGGGCUCCGGGCGCCGGGCCGGAC